UUCCCUGCGCUGGCUUGACAGUUUCAUCCCCGCCCACUGGCAGGAGGGCUCCAGGCCAAGCUGCACACGCGCGCGCCGGGGGCCAUAAAAGCUGCUGCUGCUGCUGCUGCUGCUGCUGCCGCUGAGCUGGGACGCGGAGCUCGCCCACCCGCGGCUGGAGCAGCCGCUUCACCAUGCACGUGAACGGCAAAGUCGCGCUGGUGACCGGCGCAGCGCAGGGCAUCGGUAGAGCAUUUGCAGAGGCGCUGCUCCACAAGGGAGCCAAGGUAGCGUUGGUGGACUGGAAUCUCGAGGCAGGUGUCCAGUGUAAAGCGGCCCUCGAUGAGCAGUUCGAACCCCAGAAGACUCUCUUUAUCCAGUGUGAUGUGGCUGACCAGCAACAACUUAGAGAGACUUUUAGAAAAGUUGUAGACCACUUUGGAAGAUUGGAUAUUUUGGUCAAUAAUGCUGGAGUAAACAAUGAGAAAAACUGGGAAAAAACUCUGCAAAUUAAUUUGGUUUCUGUUAUCAGUGGGACUUAUCUUGGUUUGGAUUACAUGAGUAAGCAAAACGGAGGUGAAGGUGGCAUCAUUAUCAAUAUGUCAUCACUGGCAGGACUUAUGCCUGUGGCACAACAACCUGUUUAUUCUGCUUCAAAGCACGGAAUAAUUGGAUUCACUCGUUCAGCAGCGAUGGCUGCUAAUCUCAUGAACAGUGGUGUGAGGCUGAAUGCCAUUUGCCCAGCCUUUGUCAACACACCUAUCCUGGAAUCCAUUGAAAAAGAAGAAAACAUGGGUCAAUAUAUAGAAUAUAAGGAUCAUAUCAAGGAUAUGAUGAAAUUUUAUGGAAUUUUGGACCCAUCAAUGAUUGCCAAUGGUUUAAUAACACUCAUUGAAGAUGAUGCUUUAAAUGGUGCUAUUAUGAAGAUCACAACAUCCAAGGGAAUUCAUUUUCAAGAAUAUGAUACAAUGUUAUCUCCUUGAACAUCUUAUACAUGAACUGUAACUGAAAAUGAGUACAAAUGACUGAUUCACAUAAU